GAGUCUUUUCAGUCUGUGCAGAGCAACUAUCAAGUAAAGUCGUCUUCGUCGUAGUCGUUGUCAUAAUAUCGUGUCGUGCCGUGCGUCGUCGCUGUUGGCGGUAAAGAGAACUUUUGUACAUUUAUAUUCUUUUUGUUAUUUGUAAUAAUUUUUGCGCCAAGGAAUUUAAAUAGGAUCAAAAUAUUUAUUUUUUCCCAAGAAUUAAAUUCUUAUAUCUUGUCUACAACUUUGGAGAGAUUUUGUUUAGAGGACAACGCAGUUUAGAGUGUGUCCUGGGCUUUAAUUUUGUUGACUUCCUGGGUGCUCGGUGGUCUUUAAAUUCCAUGUUAAGUGAAUUUGUUUUCAUUUUUCAAUAAUGUGUAGAACUGUUAUCCUGUAAAUUUUGAGUGUUUGUGAUUGAUAAAAAUUGUAAAUUAAUUGAAGUGUCAUCAAAUAUAAAUCAAAGGACAACAAAAGAUUGCAGUGAUUUUACUCUGCGCAUUAAAUUGAGAAUUUUGUAACUUAAUUUUGUUUUGUGUUGUUAUCAAAAUCAUUUAUAAACAAAAGGAAAAAACAUUAAAUCGGAAUUGCAUGAUUCAGAAACCUUCAAACAAAAUGCCACAAACUAAUACAAAACUCCAUAGAAUAUGCAACUGGAAGCUAUGCAUAGGUGGGGCAGGAUUCCUCCUAGCUCUCUUCGGACUACUCUGCGGGAUGUUUUGGGCGGAUCUAUUCACUUAUGGAAUGGGAAAGGAAAUUGCUCUCCGACCAAACUCAAGAGUCUACGAAUCAUGGAAAGUACCACCUUUAGAUCUCAAUUUAGAUAUAUAUUUUUUCAACUGGACAAAUCCAGAAGACUUUAAAAAUCAAUCAAUAAAGCCAAUCCUCCAACAAUUGGGUCCAUAUCGAUUCUCAGAGAAACCUGACAAAGUUGACAUCAAAUGGCAUCCUGAGAACUAUACUGUCAGUUAUCGUAAGAAAAGUAUUUUCUAUUUUGACGCUGAAGGCAGUAAUGGCAGCCUUGAUGAUCAAAUUACGAUACUGAAUGCUGUCGCUCUGUCCGCUUCAGCAAAGGCUAAACAAUGGGAUGCCUUAAAACGCAACAUGGUUGACAUAAGUUUGAAAAUGUACGAUCAGCCAAUGGCUGUGACAAAAUCAGCUGAUGAACUUCUAUUCACUGGAUACCAGGAUGACAUGAUUGACAUAGCCAGAGCUGCACCAAUAUUUGGUGAUGAGGUGCAAGUGCCUUUUGAUAGAUUUGGAUGGUUUUACACAAGAAACGGAAGUGCUGAUUUGACAGGAACAUUCAAUGUCAACACUGGUGUCGAUGAUAUCCAUAAAAUUGGCCAGAUGCAUUCUUGGAAUUUUAAGACUCACACAGGAUUUUCGGAGUCAUAUUGUGGAAUGGUUAACGGAUCGGCUGGGGAAUUCUUCCCACCAAAUUUGAAAGUAGGCGGAUCAAUUUCAUUGUUUUCACCUGACAUGUGCCGGAGUAUUCCAUUGGAUUAUACAGAAACAGUGGUUGUGGAAGGAAUAACGGGCUUUAAGUACAGUGGCGGAGCAAGAUCAGUCGACAACGGAACACUUUACCCAGAAAACAAAUGCUUCUGUGGAGGAGAAUGCGUUGCAUCUGGAGUUAUGAAUGUCUCAGCGUGUCGAUUUGGCUCACCGGUCUUUAUGUCAUAUCCACAUUUCUAUAAUGCCGAUCCCUUAUACGUAAACCAAGCCGAGGGACUUAAGCCCAAUCAAAAAGAUCAUGAAUUUUACAUGAUCUUAGAACCCAACACAGGUGUGGCGCUUGAAGUUGCAGCAAGGUUCCAAGUUAAUAUGCUCGUUGAACCCAUAAAUCACAUGAGUUUUUAUGAAGGUGUACCUCGAACUUUCUUCCCUUUGAUUUGGUUCGAACAGAAAGUCCGAAUUUCACCAGAAUUCGCCGAAGAGUUAAGUGCAGUCCCUAGAAUUCUUACCAUCGGCCAUAUUGUUGCUGGUGUCACAUUUGCAUUUGGAUUGAUUCUUCUUUGUUGGCAUCCAGCAGGAUAUUUGAUAUCAAAAUGGCGUGGUGAUCUUAAGCCUACUUCAAAGAAGCCAAAAGCAUCAUCGAAGGUAGCACCUAUACCCGAGCUAUCAGCUUCAUAUAAAAAAGCUUGUGAAGCCGAAGGUCAGCCAGAAGGAUCACCAUUACUAACCAAGCCUUAUCUUUCAAAUGUCAAAAUUGUGCCAAAUAAGCAACCUGCCUUAGAAAAACCGUCCGAAUAUAAGUCUUGAAACACUUCAGAUAAGACUCAAAAUAAUAAAUUAUAUUUACAAUGAUCGCAUCCCCCCAUCAGAAUAAAAUUUAAGACAAAAUAAAAACUCUAGCUAAUAAGACUUAACAUUGCCAAAAAAGACAUAAAAUCGAUAUUUUUAUUAUUUUUGUUUAAAAGAAAUAAUCUUUAAAAUACUCUUUACAA